GCGCUCGCCGUAGGCGUCACGAGUUCCAGGGAUGAUCAUGGCUGUGAGUUGAGGAACAAUAACAGUAACGGCUGUGAGAGAAGCGCAGCUGUAGUAGAUGUAAUUUUAAAAUAAAAACAUUGCGCAGAGGGGGGACUUUCAUGGCCAACAUCACCAAGAAAGUGUCAUGGUCGAGCCGGGCGGACGACUCUGCAGCGGCCCAGGCGGGAGAGGCCACACCGCUGCUCAACGGGUCCGAGCAGGAGCGCCACACCUCCAGACAGCAGUCUGGAGGAGGCAGUAUAUGUCAGAUAGGCAGACUGACCACGGUGGAGUUGGAGGAGGAAAUAACAGCAGAUGAGGAGUCAAUAAGAGGACAAACUCGAGAAAUCCCUCACAAUGAAAAGCUGCUCUCACUUAAAUAUGAAGGUCUGGACUAUGAUAACAUUGAGAAUCAACUGUUUCUUGAGGAGGAAAGGCGGAUGAGUCCCAUGGGUUUCCGCUGUCUGGAGGUCAGUCGCUGGGUGGUUUGCGGCCUCAUCGGCUUUCUAACGGGGCUCAUUGCCUGUUUCAUUGACAUUGCAGUGGAAAACCUGGCAGGACUCAAAUAUGAAGUCAUCAAAAGAAACAUUGAAAACUUCACAGAGACAGGCGGGCUCUCCAUCUCUCUUAUCCUCUGGGGCGGUUUCAACGCUGCCGUCGUCAUGCUGGGAUCUAUUCUUGUCGCGUUUUUUGAGCCCAUCGCUGGAGGGAGUGGAAUCCCUCAAAUUAAAUGUUACCUCAAUGGAGUUAAGAUCCCCAGGGUGGUGCGACUCAAGACUCUGGUUGUAAAAGUAUUUGGUGUCAUAUGCUCUGUGGUCGGCGGUCUUGCUGUGGGAAAGGAAGGUCCCAUGAUUCAUUCGGGCGCUGUUGUGGCAGCUGGAGUAUCUCAGGGCCGCAGCACAUCGUUAAAGAGAGACUUUAAGAUGUUUGAGUACUUCCGACGCGACACAGAAAAGAGGGACUUUGUUUCGGCCGGAGCUGCAGCCGGCGUCUCUGCAGCCUUUGGAGCUCCUGUUGGUGGGGUACUUUUCUCUCUGGAGGAAGGAGCAUCUUUCUGGAACCAAAUGUUAACAUGGAGGAUAUUCUUUGCCUCCAUGAUUUCUACCUUUACUCUGAAUUUCUUCUUGAGUAUUUAUAAUAAGAAAACCGGGGAACUCUCAAGUCCUGGUCUCAUCAACUUUGGUCGUUUUGAAAGUGAGAGUGUGGAAUACUACUUAUAUGAGAUUCCCUUAUUCAUUGCUAUGGGCGCUAUAGGAGGUUUAUUAGGAGCGUUAUUCAAUUUUCUGAACUACUGGAUCACCAUUUUCAGGAUCAGGUACAUUCAUCGACCCUGUUUGCAAGUAAUGGAGGCUAUGCUAGUGGCUGCAGUGACGGCUGCAGUUUCAUUCACAAUGAUUUACUUCUCCAAUGACUGUCAGCCACUGGCUCCUGAGAACAGUGAGGAGUACCCACUGCAGUUGUUUUGUUCUGAUGGAGAGUAUAAUGCCAUGGCCACAGCCUUCUUCAACACUCCUGAGAGAAGUGUCCGCAGUCUUUUCCACAACCAGCCAGGCUCGUAUAACCCUCUAACCCUGGGCCUGUUCACUCUCACAUACUUCUUCUUGGCAUGUUGGACCUAUGGCCUGGCUGUAUCCGCGGGGGUCUUCAUCCCCUCACUGCUCAUAGGGGCGGCCUGGGGGAGGCUGUGUGGAAUACUCCUGGCCUCCGUGUCCCCCAAUGCUUCGAUAUGGGCUGACCCGGGUAAAUAUGCUUUAAUUGGAGCUGCAGCUCAGCUAGGUGGAAUUGUAAGAAUGACAUUAAGUUUGACUGUCAUCAUGGUGGAGGCUACAGGAAAUGUCACCUACGGUCUGCCGAUCAUGUUAGUGCUGAUGACAGCCAAGAUAGUUGGGGACUACUUUAUUGAAGGUUUGUACGACAUCCACAUUAAACUGCAGAGUGUUCCUUUCCUGCACUGGGAGGCUCCUGCCACCUCCCACUGGCUCACAGCCAGAGAAGUGAUGAGUUCCCCAGUGACCUGUUUGAACCGGAUAGAAAAGGUUGGGACCAUCGUGGACACGCUUAGCAACACCUCCACCAAUCACAACGGCUUCCCUGUGGUGGUAGAGUCCGCUGGGAAUGAUGAGCCAGGGAAACUAUGUGGCCUGAUUCUUCGCUCUCAGCUCAUUGUUCUUCUCAAGCACAAGGUGUUUGUGGAGCUGGUUCGAUCUCGUCUGACGCAGAGGAAACUUCAGCUCAAAGACUUUAGAGAUGCUUACCCACGCUUUCCCCCGAUCCAGAGUAUCCACGUGUCUCAGGACGAGCGGGAGUGCAUGAUGGAUCUCACUGAGUUUAUGAACCCCACACCAUACACUGUCCCACAGGAUACAUCUUUGCCCCGGGUGUUCAAGUUGUUCAGAGCUCUCGGACUCAGACACUUGGUGGUAGUGGAUGACGAGAACAGGGUGGUCGGGCUUGUCACAAGGAAAGACUUGGCCCGUUAUCACAUGGGUAAACACGGCCUGGAGGAGCUGCAGCUGGCCCAGACAUAGUCCUCAGACUGUCUCAUAACCCGAUGAACUGAUUUCACCUGAUGUCCUUACUGUCCACCACCAGCUAUGCAGAAAUAACAGUAACUGAGAAGGUACAAAACCCAUAAAAAUAAUGAAUGUAUAGCUAUUUUAUACAGAAAUAUUCAUUCAGCUCCUCAAACACGGCCCUCUAAUGCCAGUAGGUACUUAGUUCUUCUCCCAUGUGAUUCUUCUAAAUAGUUUUUUUCAAGAACUUGGAUAGACAGUGUUAACACAUUCAUUACAUUGUACUGACUGACGUAAAAAUAUUUAUUGUUCAGUUUUAGGUUUAUUUUAAAUGAUGUAUGUGUGUUGGUGUUAUCUGUGUAUGUUGAAAGUUAUGGACUGAUUUCUCAAAAUGGCGGAGAUGUUGUCAGCACCGAUGGGUGUGUUUAAAUCUACACAAAACUGUUCAUGUCACGGUUAUUUUUAGCACUUCAAGAAAUACACAAAAAAUGUUUUAUUUGAAAAAAAUAUAUAUCAAAAUCAGAACCUUAACUUCAAAACAUUUAAAAAAACAUAAAUUACUAGGAUUUAUUUUUUACCUUUUAUAUUGGAAAAUUGCGACCAUCCUGGUAAAGAAAUAUUUGUUUUUACAUACUUAGGAUUUUUCUAUUUACAAGCAUUGAUUGUCUGUACCUGUGCACUUUCUAAUGUUCUGCAACUUUUGCAUUUCAAAGACUACUGUUGAACAAAAGACGUGUUCUUUUUUAAAAAAAACCUGUGAAGUUUUGUGAAUUAAUAAAAUACAAAUAUAAGUUGAAAUAUAUAUAUACAACUG